CAAAGGCCAAAAGUCGGCCAGCGGAGAAAACGACGAGGAUUCAGGUUAAUGAAAGAAUGUGAUCGGAUUGCUUUCUUUUCCCACUCUGCACCAUUCCUAUAACCCUAGCGCACAUUGUUGUUCUCUCCCCCGGUCCCCCGCGCUUGCGCAAUGUUUGACAACGAGGAUGGGAAGCCUCCCAACCCUCCCAAUGGCAAGGAAUUGGAGUCCCUGGAAAUGCCGUCGUUUCCGAACGCCCUGCCUCCAUCGACACCACAGUCCCCUACUUUUUCUCAACCUACAGAACAUCCAGUGGUGGGCAGCCCUACACAGCCUGUUCCUCACCAGUCACCAUCACCAGAAGCCGUAGAUCCCUUUGUUGCACCUUCAAAAUGCACUCCAGAUACCGAUUCACAACCUCCUUUCAACAUUCCUUCUGAAUCAGGCUGCGGAUCCCUCUCCGCUUCUACACCACAAGAUGCUUGUGCUCCUAGUCCGGCAGCGUCGCUCACUGCGGAAGUUUCCUUGCCCCCAUCAACAGCGAAUGAUGCAGCGCAUCCAGUACUGACCUCGGUAGCACCAUCAUUUCCUCCCAGUACUCUCGUUCCCGGCUUGUCGUCUUCUGCCGAAGCAAACGUGGACACCGUCUCCAAUUUCCCCUCCUAUGGUGACUUUGGCCCGCCGACAUCACAGCAGCGUCAGGCUGGAACUAUUGCACAUGUGCAUAUGGAAGGCGUGUCCCGUCCUCAGCCCCUCUCAUGGGUAACGCCCACAGAUAGGCCUGCUGAGAACUUACAACCAUCAAUAUCUGGGUCAACGUUCCCUGCGACCGUGCGCGGCAGCGACGGCUCUCAUUCCCCCAUAAUUAAGGAUCUCCAUACACUCGACAAUAUUUCAACGAGUUUGGGCAUGUCAUCGUCGUCCUUUCCAUCAAUAGGGACACAUGGAGUACCUCCUGCGAGCAGCGUUCCUUUGGAUUCCUCGUCCGCAACAUUACCUCCAGCCGCUCCAGUAGCGCCUCAAGGACAUUUUUCCACUCCUUGGCCAUACUCGGUCGCAUUGUCAACCCCGCAUACGAGCUCACUCGCGGCAAUACCACAACCAAUCCCUCUUUCGGGCGCUGUUCGAGGGAUGUCAGCAGAGCCAUCAGAGGAUCCCCUUCCAGAUGGUUUACCUCCCACGGAUCAUGAAAAUGAUGAUCCGAUGGCCGAUGAUUCGCAGGAUGAAAUGGACUCUGACACGGAAGAGCACAAGCCAGAAGUCCCAGAGGACAGCCAUUCAUUCCAGUCCAGCCAUCCAAACGGCGAACUCACUAAAAAAGCACUUACAGUCGAGACGGCCGUGCGAAAACUAUCCGUUAUCGAGAGAGAUCCUUCCUUUUUAUGGGAAAAAAGUUUGAAUAUUUAUUUGAAUCGCGAAAGGGCUUAUGGGGAAGCUUUAAAGCAUCAGAUCCUCCAACAGCGACAGCUUAUGGAUCAAAAAGCCAAGGAAGUAGAUUCAUUGCGGCGAGUCGUCGCGAUGGAUCUGGCGCGCCCCCAACCACCAUUCGAACUUAUUUUUCGACGAAAGCGCAAAUUGACGGAAGAGCUGACCUUUACAGAGAACCAAAUGGUUGACAUCGCUGAAAGAGAGGAGGCGCUAGUACCGAUACGUUUGGAUCUGGAGAUCGAAGGCAUCAAACUACGCGACACUUUCACUUGGAAUCUAAAUGAAACACUGAUCAAUCCUGAUCAGUUCGCUGAAAUGCUAUGCGAUGAUUUGCAUUUACCGGCUGCCAUCUUUGUCCCACAUAUAGCAAGAGCUAUUCGUGAGCAGGUGGACGAUUAUUAUCAACACGCACCAUCUGUGCUACAUUCAGCCGAGCAGGAUACACGAGGAAAUGAUGGCAUCGAUAGCGGGAACAAAGACGCCCCAGAGCUGCGAGCAAUCAUCAAGCUUGAUAUUACAGUUGGGAAUCACUGUUUGGUGGACCAGUUCGAAUGGGACCUGAACUGCAGGAGAAACAACCCAGAGCUGUUUGCAGAUCAUAUGUGCAAUGAGCUAGGAUUGGGCUCCGAAUUCAAAACUGCCAUCGCUCAUCAAAUACGAGAGCAAGUCCAAACAUUUGCAAAGUCCCUCCUAUUGGUUGAUCAUCAUUUCGAUGGGCAGCCUAUCGACGAUGACGAAUUGUCUUCCUGCUUCCUACCGCCGAUUGAGGCUUCCCGUGUCAUUCGACCCCCCAAAGCCAAAGCGCUUUUUGGCCCGUAUUAUAACCCCGUGACGGACUUGGAGAUUGAAAAGAUGGAAAAGGAUAGAGAAAGAGAUGCGCGACGAAAGCGUCGGCAAACGCAACGUAGUCGUCGCGCAAUCGCCCUGCCCGACCGUGAGGCGCCGAAAACCAAUCGCACUGGACCAUUACAGUAUAAUCCCUUGGAAUUGCAGGAUCCGCUAGCCCCUCAAUUGGCUGGACCCGUCACACGGCGAAACCCUCCGCGGAGACAUCGUGGUAUGGUCGACCUUCCACUAGCACCCGCUCCGGUUGUGAAAGAGCGGGAGCGGGAACCGCAGCCACCACCGCUUCCUCUUGAAGUGUUAUUGACACGAGGAUGGCGGUGUCGGAAUUGUGGAGUUAGUGCCAAGGAUACGCCUUUGCUUCGAAAGGGCCCAACUGGCGAGAAGACUCUAUGUGAUACUUGCGGUCUCUAUUAUCACAAAACCAACCGACAGCGCCCAGUGUCACCCGCACCACACCCCCCGACACCCAUUUUCACAUCUCAACAACCAAUGGAAAUCACCACGUCACCACAGGGCUUACGGGUAGCUGCUCAACCUCACCAAGCAUCACUGCCAACGUCGCCACCCAACAUGGGCAUCGAGAACCCAUCAGCAUCGCCGCUGCCACCGCCGCACCCCGCCCCCCUUUCCUUUCCAGAAUCAACCUUGCACCCGCCACAACCUGUUCGGAUCCAAAUUCCGGGGUGGUUACCAGAAUGCAAAUCCGCCCUCAUGCAAAAAUAUCCGCAUGAUACUUUUGAAAUUGUGCCAAAAGGGAAAACGGGUGAACUCAGACUCAAGUGUUAUGAUUGUCCAGGUAAAUUAUAUCAAACAGGACCAGGCGAGACGUUAAACAAUUUCGAGAUACAUUUGAAGAACAGGCAUCAUCGUGCAAAUGUCAAUGCACGACUUGUAAGACAGGGCUAUAGGCGAGAAUCGAUGGACAGUGGAUGGGAAUUGGAACGGGGAUUCGAACCCGUAUCUUAAAUACACAGGCUAAUGAAAAAAGGGGA